AUGGAUCGAUUGAAUUCUUCCCUCGCCUCGGCCACAAACGCCGCAACAACGAUCAGCACCACCACGGGUGCAGUGGUUGCUUUAGGCAAAAGUGGUUCACGACCAAUUCGGUCUACUUCCAGCCGGCCUAUCCGACUUACCUCACGAGGCCAUAUUUCCCAUGCUCCGAUCAGACCCUCAGCUCCACCGCCUUGUCAAUCCACCAGACUCACUGUUGACGCCUCUUCACCAGCUGAACACUCGAUACCGACUUGUGGUGCGCUCUCCCAUUCCUCUUCCACAGUCAACACUAUCGACAACUUUCGACAGACUGGCGUCGCUGAUACUAUUAUUGCUUCGUCUACCUGUUUGGUGGCCGGACACGAGGUAGCCAGAACCGAGGGAACCGCGUCCAUCUCGGGUAGUCGGCCACCUGCCAAAAGCAUGGAUGAGAUGUCAAUGCCUAGAGCGAUGGGCCUUCUAUCAACAGCGGUGGCGGGGUCGGCCCGACCUGCCAGACCACUGGGGACCACGGCAUUGAGGGCGAGAGCCGCUGGAGGCUUCAACUCUACCAUACAAAGGCGUUCUAAUGCUGAUAAGGCUCAGACGCAGACAGUUAAUACUCAUCAACUAAAAUCGCCCGAGGAGGGCAAUUUGGCUGCUUCUGGAUCGACUUCACAACCGGUAGAAGUGGAUAGGCUUAAAGGACCAGCCAAGCCUGCUGCGAGGGCUCAAAAAGGAAUGAACAAUCGGGAGACAGAUGUCGUGGAACAGAGUUUGGGGGUAAUCUCGCAUACUAUCCUGCUGGCCAGAACAUAG